CCGGGGCGGGCCCGUUAAAGGCGGCGGGAGGGGGCGCAGUGAUUGUCGCGCCAUGGCGGAGGCCGCCUCGCAGGAUCUCCUGCUGGCAGCAGCGUUUGUGUCCGAUGCACAGUACAACAGAAAUAUCCCGUUCAAGACGUCCCCGGAGGCGGUCAGGCUUUAUUACCUCUAUAACCAUUGGAUUAUGCGAACAGCCACCUACUUCUUCAUCUUUCUCAACCUGUCCCUUGCACUGUUUGAAGAACCUGCUGUGUAUCCUCUCCCUUUCCUGGUCACUUCAGUGAUCGAGGUGUUGUGCCUUCUGGUGUUCUUUGGCCGCCUGACCCAUUUUGCUAAGGUCACCCCUCGCAAUGUGUUCUGGAAGGACACCAAGAACAUCUGCAUCAUGGUUGCAAUCCUGUUAUCCCUGACAGACUUGGCCAUAUAUGGGGUCCUCAGGAUAUACAACAUGAGGAGCAUUCGAUGGUCAAGAAUCGUGAGGCCCAUCUUCCUCGUGAACUUUGCAGAGAGCCGCCAGAUCCGGAGAGCCUUCCGCAGCAUCCGCAACACGCUACCAGAGAUCACCUACGUCUUCCUGCUCUUCAUGUUUAGCCUUCUCAUGUUCUCCCUCAUGGCCUUGAAGCUGUUUGGUGAGAGGAACCUCCAGACAGCAGAAGGCUUGCCGUAUUUCAGGAACUACCUAGAAAUCGUGUUUGACCUCUACGUGCUGGUGACGACAGCAAACAGCCCGGAUGUCAUGAUGCCAGCAUUUGACUUCAGCUCGUGGUAUGCCCUGUUCUUCAUUGCCUUUGUCAUCGUCAACACUUACAUCUUCAUGUCUCUCUUCCUGGCUGUUGUGUACAACAACUACAAAAAGCACCUGAAGAAUGAGAUCCGAGAGCUCGCUUACAUGAAGCGCCGCAAGAUGAUAGAGGCCUUCAACCUGCUGAAGGAAGAGGAGGGAGCGCAGUUUGUGGUCAGAGAAGCCCGAUGGAAGCAGCUUGUCAAGCUGGUGGCUCCUGAUACCAGCAACUCCCACCGGGAGCUGCUGCUGCGCAUCUCGGACAAUGAGCAGAAGGGUUUCAUAGACAAGAAAUCCUUUGUACAACUGGCAGAUCUGCUCAAUAUCCAGGUGAUCACCCUGAAGAUCCGCAGCCACCCCCUGGGGCAGUGGAUGCCCCGCGUGUACCAGUCAGCAGUGAGCCGGUUCCUGCGCAGCAUGGUCAGGCACAGGGGAUUUGUGUGGACUUACGAUGUGAUCAUUCUCAUAAAUGCCAUCUUCAUCGCUCUCGAUGAGGAAACCCCUUAUAUAUCUUAUGCUGAGUGGGUCUUCCUUGCUCUGUAUAUAAUUGAGAUACUUCUGAAAGUGUACACUUACGAACCAAGGGCAUUCUUCGGCAAAAACCAGUUCUGGAACUGGUUUGAUACUCUCAUCAUCUUUGCUGCCUUGACUGCAACGAUCCUGAAUACUACCCUCAAAUCGACCACAAAGUACAACAGCCAACAGAUCCUGGACAUUGUCUUCAUCUUAAGGGUCCUCAGGCUAAUAAGGAUUGUUGACAGCAUUCAAAGGUUCCGGGUCAUCAUGAACACGCUGAUAAACAUCGUACCAACAAUGCUGACAUUUGGUGGGCUCACUCUGGUUGUGUACUGUGUGUUUGCCAUCAUUGGCAUGGAGUUAUUCCAUGGGAAAAUCCAGUUCUUCCCUGCAAACUCGAAUGCUCCUCAUGCCCUGGAAUGUGGGAAUCCAGCUCUCAAGGAUUCGCUCUUUGCAAGAGGGAAAUACUGCAAGAACAACUUCAACAACUUCGCUUCGUCCUUCAUCGUCCUGAUGGAGCUCACUGUGGUCAACCAGUGGCACGUCUUUGCCAAUGGGUUUGCCAACGUGACGGUGCAGCCUGCAAAGCUGUAUUUCAUUGCCUUCCACAUCGUGAUGGUGAUAAUCAUUGUCAACAUCUUUGUGUCAUUCAUUCUGGAAGCUUUCUUUGUGGAGUACUCCCUCGAGAAGAGUGAAGUCGAAACAGCCAUUGAACAGAAAAUCCAGGAGCUGGGAAUGGGAGUUCAAGAGGAUGAGCUCCGGGAUGAACAGCUCCUUGAGAACAUGGAGAGCACCGAGCACGACCUUGAGGGGGACAGUGGAGCAAAGCCACCAUCCAAAGGGCUGGUGUUCAAAAUUGCCUCCAAACGGUACAGGACGGUGGAUGCUCUGCUCCAGCGCAUGUUCGAGGCAGAGAUACCCCUUGAGGAUGAAGGCCCAUCGUUUGAGGAGAUCCUCAACGUGGCCCCUACUGCCCCUGCUCCCAGCCACCCCAGCUCAGAGAGCGCAGCGUGAUGGGGACCAGCCGUGGCAGUCGGUGAGGAGGAGCUAA